CGCACGCUCGCGACCAUGUAAUCCGCCCCUGAGCGCAACAGCAGCAGCAGCGGUCAGGAGCAGCAGGGAUAAGAGGGAUAAGAUCAAACAGCCUUCCGGAUACAUUGUAGUGGAUUUGCGCGCGCUGUUUGCGAACUUUUCAUUUUGCAGGUUAAUCAUGCACGCUUUUCCCUGGGGUCUGGGCUCGUUCAUCAUCUUACUCCCCUACUUCGUGAAUGUAGCAGCUUGGACCGUCAGAUCUCCAGAACACUCCUCACAGGCCGGAUCACCGCAGCACACUGGAGCGCACGAGAUCGUGACGCCCAUCAGAGUGACCGAGGCCGGGCGCGCGCUGCCCCAGGGCGCGCACUUCAAACGCAGGAAGCGCAGCGCCGAUCAGGACACAGAACCCGAGCACUGGGAAUCCCAGCACGUGCAUUACCGGCUCUCCGCUUUCGGUCGGGACUAUCACCUGAACCUGACGCUCGAGGCGGGAUUUAUUGCGCCGCUUUACACCGUAUCCGUCCUUGGCUCGAGGAACCGGACGCACGAGGGAGGUCAGGAAGAGCAGGAGGAGGACGAAACCGUGUACCGGCACUGUUUUUAUAAAGGACACGUGAACGGAGACACGGAGCACGCCGCCGUUAUCAGCCUCUGUUCCGGUCUGCUUGGCACUUUCAGGUCGUCAGAAGGGGAGUAUUUCGUGGAGCCUCUUCACAGCUACAAUGGUGAACAUUAUGAAGAAGAACACAUCAAACCUCAUAUUGUUUACAGAAACGAUGCACAUAAGAAGGCCAAAGAAGAUGCGUCGUCAUGUGAUGCUUCACGUCAUAAAGAGGACGCUGAGAAACACAAGGUACCUGGGAGCUUGUUGUCUGACCUGGAGGGUCUCAGAGCAGGGGUUCUCUCAGGCGCUUUACCCUCGAGGGAAGACAAGCAGCCGUCAGCCAAUGACAGCAGCAGUGACUCAGGACCUCGUCGGAGAGCAAGGCGCUUCCUUUCCUACCCACGUUUCGUGGAAGUCAUGGUCGUUGCCGACUACAAGAUGGUGGAACAUCACAGGAGCAACCUCCAGCACUAUGUUUUGACCCUAAUGUCUAUUGUUUCCUCAAUCUAUAAGGAUCCGAGCAUCGGCAAUCAGAUCAACGUUGUCAUUGUGAAGCUCGUCAUAAUAAACAAUGAGCUGAAGGGUCCGGGUAUCUCGUAUAAUGCACAAGCCACUUUAAAGAACUUCUGUGUCUGGCAGCUGGAUCAGAACAACCUGGACGACGAACACCAUGACCACUUUGACACGGCUAUCCUCAUUACCAGGCAGGACAUCUGUCGAGCAAAAGACAAGUGUGACACUUUAGGUCUUGCGGAGUUAGGCACGGUGUGUGAUCCGUACAGGAGCUGCAGCAUCAGUGAAGAUAGCGGCCUCAGCACAGCUUUCACCAUCGCGCAUGAGCUCGGCCAUGUGUUCAACAUGCCCCAUGAUGACAGUAAUAAGUGUAAAGAGGACGGUGGUAAGGUCCAGCAGAAUGUCAUGGCCCCCACGCUCAACUACUACACCAACCCAUGGAUGUGGUCCAAAUGCAGCCGGAAAUACAUCACCGAGUUCCUCGACACAGGGUAUGGAGAGUGCUUGCUCGACGAACCCGUGUCCAGGCCGUACCCUCUGUUCCAGCAGCUUCCCGGGCGCAUGUACAGUGUUGAUCAACAAUGUGAACUCAUAUUUGGGCCUGGGACACAGGUCUGCCCGUUCAUGAUUCAGUGUCGACGGCUCUGGUGCACGAGUCCAGAAGGAGCUCAGCGUGGCUGUCGAACCCAGCACAUGCCCUGGGCUGAUGGCACUGACUGUGGCCAAGGAAGGCACUGUAAGCACGGCAUGUGCAUCCCGAAGGAUCAUGACUUGAGGCCGGUGGAUGGAGACUGGGGCAUGUGGAGUCCCUUCGGCUCCUGCUCGCGCACAUGCGGGGGAGGCAUCAAGAUCGCCACCCGGGACUGCAACAAACCCAUACCUAGGAAUGGCGGACAGUACUGCGUGGGGCGCAGGAAGAAGUUUCGCUCAUGCAACUCUGAGCCAUGUUCUAAACAGAGACGAGACUUCAGAGAGGAGCAGUGCUCUGCUUAUGAUGGACGCCAUUUUAACAUCAACAGUCUUCCCUCAAACGUGCGCUGGGUGCCCAAAUACAGCGGGAUUCUGAUGAAGGACCGCUGCAAGCUCUUCUGCAGAGUGGCAGCAAACACCGCCUACUACCAGCUAAAAGAUCGAGUGAUCGACGGUACGCCGUGUGGCCCCGACACCAACGACGUCUGCGUGCAAGGCCUGUGCAGGCAAGCAGGUUGUGACCAUGUUUUAAACUCCAAGGCCAGGAGAGAUAAAUGUGGAGUGUGCGGGGGAGACAACUCAUCCUGUAAGACAGUGGCAGGGACGUUUAAUACCGUGAACUACGGUUACAACGUUGUUGUUCGAAUCCCCAGCGGCGCUACAAACAUAGACGUGCGACAGCACAGCCACUCAAAUAAAGCGGACGACGAUAACUACCUCGCCGUGGCCAACAGUCGUGGAGAAUAUUUUCUCAACGGGGAGUUUGUGGUCAGCAUGUUUAAAAGGGAAGUGAAAGUAGGCCGAGCCGUCCUGGAGUACAGCGGCUCCGAUCACGUCGUCGAGAGACUCAACUGCACUGACCGCAUCGAGGAGGAGAUCGUCAUCCAGGUUUUGUCUGUAGGUAGCCUGUUCAAUCCGGACGUCAGGUAUUCCUAUAACAUUCCCAUCGAAGACCUGACUCAGCGGUUUAUCUGGAACGCCUACGGCCCGUGGCAGGAGUGUAGCCGCCUGUGCCAAGGGGAACGUAAAAGAAAAAUCCUGUGCAAUCGUGAGUCGGACCACAUGGUGGUUUCGGAUCAAAGGUGCCAUGACUUUCCUCUACCGGCGAUCAUCACAGAAACCUGCAACACAGACUGUGAACUCAGGUGGCACGUGGCCCGUAAGAGCGAGUGCUCGGCUACAUGUGGACUGGGUUACCGCACGCUGGAGAUUUACUGCGUUAAAUACAAUCGAAACGACGGCAAAACCCAGAGAGUCGAUGACCGAACCUGCAGCCACCAGCGCAAACCUGACGAUAAGGAGGUUUGCCGGGGUGACUGUAACCCUGGUGUUUGGGAGUACUCUCCCUGGUCAGAGUGCUCGAAAAGUUGCGGAGGCGGGACACGCCGUCGUAGCGCCGUGUGUAGGUCGCCUGGUAACGACGAAAAUAAAUGCAACACGAGGGACAAACUCGUAGUCCAGUCAUGCAACGAGUUCCAGUGUCCACAGUGGAGGACUGGCGAGUGGUCAGAGUGCCUGGUGACGUGUGGGAAGGGCUACAAACACCGUCAGACGUGGUGUCAGUUCGGGGACGAGCACCUGGACGAGCGGUUUUGCAACUCGCCCAAGCCAGAGUCAGUGCAGGCGUGUCAGCAGCAGGAAUGCGCAUCCUGGCAGUUCGGCUCCUGGGGCCCGUGCACCACCUCCUGUGGCCCUGGCUAUCAAAGAAGAGUCGUCAAGUGUAUCGUCAACUCGUCCGGCUCGGUCAGGGAAGAUACCGACUGUAACGCAGCGACACGUCCAACUGACACACAGGACUGUGAAGUCUCUCCCUGCCCUGUCACCCAUCCCGUUUCCCCCGACACCAAAAUACCCCUCCAUCCGGGCCACAAAACCCAGUGGCGCUUUGGAUCAUGGACUCAGUGUAGCGCCACCUGUGGGAAAGGAACACGCAUGCGCUACGUCAGCUGUCGUGACACUCAGGGCGGCGUGGCGGAGGAUUCGUGGUGCGACCAUCUCGCCAAACCUCCCGCCUCGGAAGAGUGCUCCGUGUUGGCCUGCGGUCAGUGGAAGGUGCAGGAGUGGUCUCAGUGUUCGGUUUCCUGCGGUCAGGGUAAAGCUACUCGAAAAGUUCUCUGUGUGAACUUCAGUGAUCAGGUGGUGGACACGAGCGAGUGUGACCCAGAGGACAGGCCAGCGACAGAGCAGGAGUGCGCUAUGCCCCAGUGCCCGACUCACCCCAGCGACCACGGCGCCAUCCCUCCCAACCAAGACACCCGCAAAAAAGCGGACCGACUCGGAGGGGCGCAUCCACAAUCGCAGUGGAGGUUUGGACCGUGGGGAGCGUGCUCGAGUACAUGUGCUGGAGGAUUUCAGAGGCGGGCGGUGGUGUGCCAAGAUGAGAACGGUCACCCAGCCAACAGCUGUAAUGAGAGCGUUCGACCUGCAGAACAGCAAGCCUGCGAGUCUGGACCAUGUCCACAGUGGGUGUACGGUGACUGGGGCAAGUGUUCAAAACCCUGUGGCGGAGGAAUAAAGACGCGCCUCGUGGUUUGUCAGCGGCCCAGCGGCGAACGCUUUAGCGAUCAGAGCUGCGAGAUUCUGGACAAACCGCCCGACCGAGAGCAGUGCAACAAGCAACCCUGCUCCCACUGGAGAGCCGACCCGUGGAGCUCGUGCUCCGCCUCCUGCGGGAAGGGCUUCAGGCGCCGCAACGUGACCUGCGUCAGCCGCUCCGGCCAACCGAUGGCUGAAGAGAACUGCCUGGAUGUUCCCCGCCCCCGGAACGAGAAGUCCUGCAAAGGUGGGAUGUGCCCCAAGUGGAGAAUGAGCAUCUGGGGAGAGUGUAGCGUGACGUGUGGAUCCGGCCAGAGGAGUCGCGCUGUGGCGUGUGUGAAUCACAGCGGGGACGAGAUCCACGACUCGCACUGUUCAGCGGAGAAGAGACCGGACCACAGCGAGGCGUGUGACACACACCCCUGCGAGGUCAUCUGGAUCACAGGGGAGUGGACAGAGUGUAGCGUGACGUGUGGAUCCGGCCAGAGGAGUCGCGCAGUGGCGUGUGUAAAUCACAGCGGGGACGAGAUCCACGACUCGCACUGUUUAGCAGAGAAGAGACCGGACCACAGCGAGCCGUGUAACACACACCCCUGCGAGGUCAUCUGGAUCACAGGGGAGUGGGAGGAGUGCUCCGUCACCUGCGGUCAAGGCUACCAGAGGAGGCGGGUCUCCUGUAGUGAAGUGCAUUCUGGGAAUGCAAAUUAUGAAUACAGCCACCAGGGGUCAUCCGGCUGCCCGGGGUCACCUCCUGAGAGCUACCAAGUGUGUCGGCUGCCUCCGUGCCCUGCGAGCCAUGUGUACAGCUGGAGAGUGGGCAUCUGGGGACCCUGUUCAGUGAGCUGUGCUGAAGGCUGGAUGGAGCGCAUGGUGCAGUGUUCCUCAGAAGAAGGGGAGCUCAGUGAUGAGUGUGACUUCAGCUCGAAGCCAGAGAGUCGCAGGCCCUGCACCAACCCAGACUGUGAAUUGCCGUUUAGCUGCAGGGAUGUCCAGAUAAAGAACAGUGUUGUAUCUGAUGGAGAGCAGCUUCUCAGUGUACAGGGCAAAGCACGUAAUAUCUACUGUUCAGACAUGCACACGGAAAGUCCGAAAGAGUAUGUCACGCUCACAACUGGAGAGGAGGAAAACUUCUCGGAGGUUUUUGCAUACAGGUUGAUGGAUCCCACACAGUGCCCAUCAAACCUGAUCCACAGGGAGGAGUGCCAGUGCCGGAGAGACUACACAGCCGCUGGUCUGUCCACUUUUACCCGGGUCCGACUGGACCUGAGCAAGAUGUCCAUCAUCACCACAGACUGGAAGUACUCGUACACUCGAGAAGGUCAUAAGGUUCCUUUCGCCACAGCAGGGGACUGCUACAGCGCCGCCCGCUGUCCACAGGGCCGAUUCAGACUCAACCUCUCCGGGACAGGCUUCCAGGUGGCUAAGAGCACCCAAUGGGUCUCCCAUGGGAACUACGCCAUAGCGGACAUCCACAAGUCUGAGGAUGGCAGUAGAGUGAUAGGAACAUGUGGUGGCUACUGCGGCAAAUGCACUCCGUCCUCCAGCUCAGGUCUCCUCAUCCAAGUCACAUGAGGCCCCGACUCUCAUACAGGGCGUUCUCUUCUCCUGGGGUUCUUCCCCUUCACGUGGUGCUACAGACAAUCAAGACAAUGAAGAACAUCCCUCACGCCUCCCCUCACCCCUGACUUCCUGCUGUCUGUGUGUAAAUAUCAGCCGUGUAUGUGAUGUACAGAAUGUGUCGAACUAUUUAUUAUAACCUUUAUUACACGGUUAUUUAAAAUGCCCGCUAAGCCGUUUGUGGAUUCUUGCCUGUUUACAGCGCAGGCUGUUUGUUUCUGUGCAGUCAUAACAAAAGACUUCUUCAUUGUACGUCUUACAGGUUUGUCCAGCGUGCCAUGCUGACUUAUCGGUCUUGUGGUGAUGUGUGUUGUGUUUUUCAUAAAUAAAACAUGACACAUGGGAAAUCUAUUUACGUCCUAUGUUUGCAAAUGGGGGCGUUCAAGUCAAACUGGGACUUGUGAACAAAGUCGUAAAAGCGAUUGAGAUUUACAGAAGUCAUCAAGAACAGUACGGUGAUGAGACUCUUAGCCUCAGUUAAACAUGUGAGCGGUGCAAACGCUUUAAAGAGGUCCGUACGUCCGUGAAUGACAAUCUCAACCGACACUGCAGUCUUUCCCGUGAACAUUUAGCCAGUGGAACGCCUGAUCCUUGAAAAUCAGCAGGUUACGUAGUGGGAAGAGAUGCACAGGUACUCGGCAUCCCCGCCCCCCAAC